AUGCCAACUUUUCAUGAACUAUAUAAGGAUGUGCAGUAUCGAAUACGGUACUGGGAGAUAAGCUAUAGACAAAAAUAUUAUAGCACUGAUAAAAAUCCCCGGGUUAUUCAGACAAAAUUACCAAAUCAAAAAUUGAUUUCCUUAAGAAUAUUACCACAUGAUAAGUACCUCAUCAAGCCGGGCGAAUUCUUAUCGGUGAGCUACGAACCAGAUAAAUCAAGUGCCAUGGUGGUUGAAAAACAUAACAAAUCAAGAUUUAACAUCCAGCCAAAAGAUUAUGAAAAUUAUUUGGAAUCAAGAAAUGGUGAAAAAUUAUUUGGUGGAUUUGAUGAUACCGUCAUAGGAUCGCCUAUGAAGUCCCAGCCCUUGAGAAGAGUGAAAAGCGUUACGGAUUUGGUUUCACUACGAGCCCAAGGAGAAGAAGAAGAAGAAGAAGAAGAAGAAGAAGAAGAAGAAGAAGAAGAAGAAGAAGAAGAAGAUGCAACUGCUGAAGAUAAAAUCUUAUCGGCUUCUUCUCUAAAUACUUUUUCUUUAUUAAGUCCAUCUUUACUCCCCAAGAUACCCUCUGGAAAAAGCAUUAGACGAUUCAUCAAAAGCCCUUGGGCAAAGCUGACCCCACUGCCAGAGCCAAAUGAUCCUCCUGGGUCUCCCAGGAAAUCAGACAAGAUCCUGCCCCCAUCCAGAGUUCAUUCAAUUGUGUCUAAACUAAGUGCUCCAUCCUGUAUUGAGCGUAAGACCUGUCCUUGCACCAAAUGCUCCGCCAGAAGGCCCAGCUCCCCCGCUAAUAACGAAAACGACCAGGACCCACUAUUAGAGAUCCAACCUUGGACCAAAAUAUACAAUGAUAUCUCAUUGACGGCUGCUAGAGUAUCAACCGGUAGUUUACCCAGUUCUCGUCACGAUUUUGAUAAUCUUUCUUCGGACUUUGUGAGGCCCAAACUCGUUAACAAAAACCUCGACAACAUCCGCAAGUGCUCUGCAAAAAGCAACGAGUGCAGUUCUUUCCUAGACCUCUACUCUGAUGACACCGAUUUACUAUCAAUGUAUAACUAUUGA